GUGUGUGUGUGUGUGUGUGUGUGUGUGUGUGUGUGUGUGUGUGUGUGUGUGUGUGUGUGUGUGUGUGUGUGUGUGUGUGUGUGUGUGUGUGUGUGUGAGAGGCGCGCGCGUGUAUGUGUGUGGGAGAGAGAGAGGCGUGUGUAUGUGUGUGAGAGAGGCGUGUGUGUGUGAGAGAGAGAGAGAGUGAGAGUUGGCUGCCGUUGUUUUCUCUCCUGAAGUUGGGGAUCUCCUCGGACCUCCAGCUGGUUACCGGAGUGUCGGCUGUUAUUCUGGUUUUCUGAUUGGAGCUCCUUAGUGUUCCUUCCUGCUCCUGAUCCCCCCUGAAGACCCCCGUGCGAACCAGGACACCGUGUCCAGGUCUCCUGCUGUGCGAGCGUCCGAUGAGAUAAUGGAGGUGGAGGCCGAUCUCCAUGGCAGCCAGCCGAUGGAGUCGUCUGUGGGGGUGCUGUCGGUGGUGGCGUCGUGUGUGAUGGUGUUCGGGGGGGCCCUGCCCUACCUGCCCCAGUACCAGGAGAUCCUGAGGAGCAACGACACCACCGGCUUCUCCACCCGCGUCUGCCUGGUGCUGCUGCUCGCCAACAUCCUGCGCAUCUUCUUCUGGGUGGGGAAGCAGUUCGAGCUGCCCCUGCUCCUCCAGAGUGUGGUCAUGAUCUCCACCAUGUUCUGCAUGUUGCGUCUCUGCUGCCACGUCCACAACUCCAACCGCGUCAGCACCAAGCAGCACCGCCUCUCAGAACUGGACCCGCGGUACUUCUGGCAGUGGACCAUGUUCGAGGACUACCUGCUGUUCUGCCUGCUGUUCAGCGUGGGCUGCUGCCUGCUGACGCUGCUGCUGCUCGACUCGCCGCUGUUCAUCGAGGCUCUGGGCGGCCUCGCCCUGCUGCUGGAGGCCCUGCUGGGCCUGCCGCAGCUGCUGCAGAACCUCCAGCAGCGCUCCACCCGCGGCAUGAGUGUGAAGAUGGUGGUGAUGUGGACUCUGGGCGAUGUCUUCAAGACGUCCUACUUCCUGCUGAACGAGAGUCCGGUCCAGUUCUGGGUGUGCGGGUCGGUCCAGAUCGUGAUGGACGCCCUCAUCCUGCUGCAGGUCUUCCUCUACGCUCCGGACGCACACUCCAAGUUUGGCUGAAGCCGUUGCUAUGGCGUCAUCAUCCGCGUUUGAGCGUUGCCGCGGCAAAGAUGGAGCCGUUCCACCCUAAGUGUUUCAGCCCCCUCAAAAGUCAACCCCUCUCACCCCCCCUCCCCCAGGUCAACCCCCAUCUGCAUAAAAUGUGAAUAUCCCGCAUCCCCCCCA